AUAGAAGAACUGCUGAAGGAGGCAAAACGUGGGAAAACGAGAGCAGAAACCAUGGGCCCGAUGGGCUGGAUGAAGUGUCCGCUAGCCGGUACAAAUAAAAGAUUCCUAAUGAACACGAUUAAGAACACGCUGCCCCCCCACAAAGAGUCAGACCAGGAGCAAAAGGAGGGUGAGGAGGAGCCUGCACACAGCCGGCCGCACAAGGAAGACAGCCCGAAGAAGCGCCGGAGCCAUCCCUACAAGCACCGAAGCCAGCCUCGGAGCAGAGCCAGCCGCUCGCCCCCCAGGAAGCACAGGAGCCAGGAGACGUCCCAGAGGCGCUCAAAGAAGCGGUGA